AUGGAUCUCAACAUUUGUCUAUUUUGUGAAAAGCGCCUUUUUGAUGAUAAUUUGAGCUUUUGCUCUUCGGCUUGCCAAGCACAGGAAGCAACCAAGCAUUGUACUCUCAUUCAUGAAGCCGACCCAUAUCUCUCAAGUCGAAAGCAUCCUCUUCCUCUGAUUCAAAAAAGCCGCAUGAAUAAACGAGCAUCAUCCUUUCCAUCAGCCGUAUCGUCAUCACCGCUUACCCCAGCGUCAUCUUUCGAGAUGCCUCAUCAUCGUCGACGAUCGUUCAUGUCUUCUGCCAAGGAUCAUCCCAAUACCAUUUCACCAACACGCAACUCGUCUUUGAUAGGAGAUGGUCAUGCAUCCGAUAUUGCCUUUCUUUCGGCUUAUAUGCAUUUUCAUCACCGCGCACCACCUGUUGAUAACGCAUCACUCGUCUCUAACACUAGCAGCAGUGGAUCAUCCGAUAUGGAUAGUGUAUAUACAAUGUUCUAA